AUGGACGGGAGGCCACGCAACUAUACCAACGGAGGCGGGGACCCUCGAGCUCCCCCAAUGCGUCCGCCCACCGGGGGCUCGAGGGGAGCCCCCUCUGCCUCUAGCUCAAGCUCUACACCCUCCGGCAUGUCGCGCGCCGAGCGGUUUGACGACGAGCGACGUCGGAUUACUGAGAGCUGCUUCUCCAAGUUGGACGAGCAGGGACAGCUCCAGGAAUCCUACAUUACUCACAUUCGUGUCCAGGAAGAUGGCGCAUAUCCGCAGGCUCCCCCUCCGCCAAACUCACCACCUUCAAAUAAGAAGGCGAGAAUCAUCAUGAUAUCCGUGCGCAAUACAGGCAGAGUCAAGCUGCAUAAGGCUAGGGAGAACGCCAACGGUACCUUUUCUAUUGGAAAGUCUUGGCCAAUGGAAGAGCUGUCUGCAGUUGAGAACUACGUUCACCUCAACCCUGCUAGCGAGGAAGAGGCGCAACGCAAGCAGUGGGCCGGAGAUAAAGGUUUCACUGUGACCAUCACCAAGCCAUACUACUGGGAAGCUGGGACUGCGAAAGAGAAGGAGUUUUUCAUAGGAAGUAUGGUCAAGAUCUACAAUAAGUAUACUAAGGGUGACUUUCCCAUCUUGACAGGAUUCAGCGCUUCUGAACUUAACAGCCUUACGAAUGGACAACCGCAUCUCGCUACACCGGAGGGCCGGGCCGCAACAGCAGCAGGUAGUCCAGCAGGCGGUAGCCCGGGGCCACAGCGACCGGGACCAUUGGAGCAGAGACCUAUGCCUCCAAAAGCAGGCGGACCUCCCCCAAGAAGACCUGGAGAAAUGCCGCCACCCGGAUCAAAUCCCAAUUUCAGGAGACCGCCAGGAGAAUUCCAGGGCCCGAGAAGGCCAGGUCGGCCAGACGACGAUAGACCAAAUACAGGCGACGACGCUCGCAGGCGUCCACCGUUUCUGCCAAAUCAGAUGCAAGCUGCUCCAUCCAUGCCAAAUCUGAGGCAGAAGCAACCCAUGGAUCCGACCAUUCGAGCGCGACCCAGCGGGGAUAGUAUGCGACCCCGCCCCAGUCCUGGCCCUGGCCCUGGCUCAUCAAGUUUCAUGCCACCAACAUCACCUCUUGCGCCGCGAAAUCUGACACCGCAGUCUUCAACUUCAGAAUUUGCCAGUCGACCGAAAACACCGGAAUCCGCGAAAUACCAGACAAAUCCUAGCCCCGGACGCGGACCGCCCUUUGAAGAUGGCCCGCCUCAACGACCGGAGAGAUCGUUUGACGAGCGAUCAAUAGACGGCGCAGCGCUAGGUAUCUCAACACCAGACACGCGCAGACCUAAAGACUAUGCUUCGCCCCGGAGAGAUCCCUCUCCUAGAGGUCUGAGACCCGGUACAGCCCAGAGUGGUGCUCGGCCAGGUACUUCUCAAAGCAACGCCAGUUCAAACUUCAACCGACAUGAUGACAUGCCUCCAGACGAACCUCCACAGCGGAGAAGACCUACAAUGGAGACGCGUCCGUCUCAGCUAUCGCAGCGCAGCUUCGACAGCCAAGGCACAGACUCACGUUCAGCCUUCCAUACCCCUUCGGCAUCCCCCGCUCCGCCGAUGGAAGUACCGCCUCGAAGACGACCCCAAGAGACGCCAGAGCGGUUAAAGCCAUCUUCUCAAGAAAGCAUUGCACGCUCAGACCCUGCAGUAUCUAGAUCACAGCCCACUCCACCACCCACUUCCCCGUUACCACGGAUACCAACGGCUCCUAUGCCACAAGCGCCCCCACAAGAGGAGGUAGCAGCCUCUCCUGUACAAGCUCAACCAGUGCGAACGGAACCUGCUCCUGAACCCGAGCCCCAAGCUGCACCCGCUGAAAACACCAGCAGCCCAACAGACGAGCAAGAGACCGAGGCAUCACCGCGUCCUGGUCUUGGUCCAAUGGUAAAGAAACCAUUGGCUGCCGACAAUGCGGCAAACAAAUUCCGGAAAGCCGCGGCAGCAGCAGGAGCUUUCAAGCCUCGUGCUGGCGGUGCCGCAGCAAAACUCUUCAACAAAGACACAAAGACAUCUGAUGAGCCUGAUGGUGUCAGUGCAGUGUUCGUACCUCAACGGCCGGCCCCAAAAGAGACACCAAAAGAGGAGCCAGAAGAAGAAAAGAAGCCAGAGGAGGCACCUCCACCUGUGCCAGAUCGAUCAUCCAAGGAGCGACCACGUAUCAGCACCGAGGUUGUGCCAUCAGUCACUGUGUCUGGUCCGUUGGCGCCAGCUUUGCCCGAGGUUAAGCAAGAGGUAGAAGAGGAAGCCCCUCCACCAGCUCCAGAAAAGGCAGCGGCAAGAAAUACCGAGACGGAGCCCGAAGUGCGACGCAAGAAGCGUAGGUCCAAUCAGCAGAUUGUGAACAUCUCGAAGCUUGGCAUUGACCCCAGCAUCCUUGAUGAACGCGGUCUUGAGUUCGAUAAUCUACUAUCAGAGCUAGGCUGGGGCAGUCAUGAGCUUUCGCAUAAGCACAUUGAAUCCCUCGAAGCUGAUAUCAAACGUGAGAUUGCUCGUGUCGAAGCAGGGAGCUGGCUCAACCAUCUAGAGCAAAAAGAUGACCGAGUGGAAGCUGUUGAACGUAUGCUGGAUCGCGCCAUUGCUGAAUGCGACGAACUUGAAGGCCUGUUGACCUUGUAUAACGUUGAACUGAGUAGCUUGAACGACGACAUUGCCUUCAUCGAAGCACAAAGUCAGGGUCUGCAAGUCCAGACGGCCAACCAGCGUUUGCUGCAGCAAGAACUUCGACAACUCGUCGAUACCAUCUCAAUCACAUCUGACCAACUAGAGCCUUUGAGACGUGCUCCAAUAGGAAAGAUCAGUGGCCUCAAAGACAUUGAAUCUUCCUUGGUUCUUCUAUACAAAGCGCUGGUUACGAUUGAUCCGUCUUUUGUGGCAGGGAGCCGAGCCGGUGCUAACGAUGCCCUCAACACGUUGAACGGAAGAUCAGGCAUAGGCAACAGCGAUUUGGCAACAAUGCAGGCUCUGCAAGAAAAGCGAGAUAGGUACCUUGGCGAGGGAACCAUGUUCCUUGAGCGACUCAAGAAGCACAUGGACAUUACUUUUGGUGCGGCUUUUCUGUCAACAAAAGACGCUCUUUCGAAUCUUGACCAGGGAUCCAUGCCGUCUUUGAGGAAGAACAUUGAGGCACACGAUACUGGUCGAAGCGAGCUGUGGAUGUUAAGUCCGGUAAUGCUCUUCGCCAAGGAAAUUGACAGGGCUUCCUGGGACAUGCUUCUCCGAAUGUACCAGACCCAAGCAGCGCAAUUGUAUCGACAGGAAGUUCGCGACAACAUUCUAGCUUGGAGGAAGUUUGCUCGGAAGCCCAGUGGUGAGGAGCAAGAACUGCUUUUUACCGCACAAGAAAAGGAGCCAGAGAGUAUCACGGGGACUGCCAGGAAGCUGACUGUCAAGCGGAGUCAGACCUUGGCUCGUGGCUUACGAGCGGCCUCUGGGGACAAAGAGGGUAAAGAGAGCAAGGCAAAGCCAGCAACUCAAGAUGGCAAGCUGCAUGCAUACGAUGUCUUUGCCAGGGUUCUAGAAGACACAGGCCCUGUGCUACUGACGGAGCAAAACUUCAUCACAGAAUUCUUUCACGCUACGUCGACUCACUCGCUCGAUUUCCCUGACGCGGUUCAGGCAGCACCUCCAGAGAAUCGCCGAGGACCUAACCUUUGGAUCAGAAAGCAAUUCGAGCCAGACAGGGCCAUGGCGAAGCAUCUUACUGGAGUCAUGGAGGAGAUUUUCUCGUUCUGGCCUGCGGAGAUUGCCAGUCUCGUGGACUGGGCCACGAAAGCCGAUCCUCUGCAAGGUGUGGGCAUUCUAUGUGCCGUCGAUCGAAAGUUGCUCGAUAUUGAGGAAACAAACCAAGACUUUUUGACCAGGAACUUACAAAAGAUUCAUGAGCGUCUGCAGGGACUUUUCAGCCGAUUCGUGGACGAGCAAAUACGGGCAAUUGAAGACACCAAAGUCAAGAUCAAGAAACGCAAGGGUGUCAUAUCCUUCAUGAAGACAUUUCCCCAUUUUUCUGUCGCCAUCGAAAACAUGCUACCGUCUUCAGCUGAGGGGGGCGACCAACUGGAGAUUCGUCGCAUGGUCAACGACGGGUAUCAGAGAAUCAACAAGGCCAUGUUUGAGAGUUUGAAGGUUAUUGCGAAGGAGUCUCCUACCGUCAUGGCUUCGCAAGGACAGGGCGACCCCGAAGACAAGGAGGCACUGAACUACCACAUUCUGCUUAUCGAAAACAUGAACCACUACAUGGAGGAGGUGGAUGCACGUUCCGUUUCCGUGCUGGAAUACUGGAAAGGCAAGGCGCAGGACGAGUAUGAUGAGCACAUGGGUCUUUAUGUUGAUGCCGUUAUCCGGCGGCCGUUGGGUAAACUUUUGGAAUUUAUGGAGUCCACCGAAACGCUUCUCAGCCAGCCAGGUGCAAGCGCUCAAGCCAUUUCGCAGCGCUCUUCGCACUCUCGCUCCGUGCUCAAGAAGCUGGUGCACUCGCACGAUGCUAAGGAGCUGCGAAAAGGCAUCGAGUCGCUCAAGAAGCGAGUGGACAAGCACUUUGGUGACGCAGACGAUCCAUCGAUUAGUCGCGAUCUCGUAUUCAAGGUGCUCAAGGAAUGCGAGAAGACGUACAUGAAUGUGUCGGAGCGGAUGAUGACGAUCAAUCAGGAUGUAUAUAGUGGCGAGGUGGAAAUUGAUUGGGGCAGCAGGGAGAUUGACGCAGCGUUCAAGAGAUAG